AGCAAAUACCGAGCAAUGCCAUCAAUCAUUGAUCCUGCACUCUACAUGCUAAACAAAUCAAACAUUAUUUGGGUCAGGCCUGAUCGAAGUUUACCAAAUGCGUUUAAGUUACAUACCGGAUCAGCUUGGAUGGUUCUCUCGCGCCCAUUCGUGGAGUAUAUCAUUUGGGGUUGGGACAACUUACCAAGAACUUUACUCAUGUAUUACACAAACUUUGUUUCUUCUCCUGAGUUUUACUUCCACACAAUCAUAUGUAACGUGCCUGAGUUCUCCAAAACCGCGUUGAACCAUGAUCUUCACUACAUUGCGUGGCACAGACUGCCGAGGCAGCAUCCUCGCUUGUUGUCCUUAACAAACAUGAGACCGAUUAUUGCGAGCGGUGCUGCAUUUGCUCGAAAAUUCAGUAGAAAUUAAACGACAGUGCUAUGGAUAGGAUUGAUAAGGAACUGCUUAUGCGUACGAACCAAGAGGGUUUCACUCCUGGUGGGUGGUGCGGUGGGAAACCUGAGUGCUCGGUUGUGGAAGACGUGGCUAGGAUUAAUCCUGGAUCAGGAGCAGAGAGGCUCAAGGGGCUUGUAGAUAGGUUAGUUUCAGAAGCUAAAUCAGGAAAAAGUUGUGGGAACGUUAAUUUACUACAAUGGGACAAAGGAUACUUGUAAAAAUAAUAAGAAAAUAAAUUUAAAUUA